AUGGGUGUAUCAGCUAUUGAACGUGCUCAAGCAAAAGAAUACAAAGAUGUGUUUUAUGCCGACAGUGGCAAACUUUUUUGUCGUAUUUGUAAAGUUGUUGUUGAACAUACCCGUAAAUCAGUUAUUGAUAGUCACUGCAAGUCAAAAAAGCACAAAUCAAAUUUAGAACUUGAAAAAACUUCUCCUCAAAAAACACGACAAAUUACUAUUACUUCAUGCAAUAAAGUACUUACUGAACGUGAACAACUUAAUAUUGAUUUUAUAAAUGCUUUAACUGCCGCUGAUAUUCCUUUGGAGAAGGUUGACAAGUUAAAGACAUUUUUUUUAAAUAAAUAUUGUAACCAAGAUAAAAAUCAAAUUGAUUUAGAAAAUUCAUCAAAUAUAUCAAAUAAUCUUCGUUCUACUCUUCCACCACUUCCUGUAAAAACCAGGUGGAAUUCCUGA